AUGACUCCUCACAGGUUCAUCAUUUCGGUGCCAAAGAACUACCAGCACAUCCUGGCCUUGGCAUUUGCUGUCCAAGAGAUCAAUGAAAAUCCCGACAUUUUAUCCAACGUCUCUCUGGGAUUUCACAUCCUCAACAGCUACUACACUGCCAGGAUGACCUAUAAGGGCAGCCUCAGUCUCUUUUCUGCACAACGGAGGUUUGUCCCCAACUUCCAGGGUCACAACCAGAACAAAGUGAUAGCUCUGAUUGGAGGAUGCAUCUCCGAAAUCUCUGCUAAUGUGGCCAUCAUUUCAGCAAUGUACAAGACUCCACAGGUCCAUCGUUUUCUACGGAGCAUCGUUUUCAAUAACAGUGCUGGAGAUAGUGUGCACUUCAAUGAAAAUGCAGAAUUAGUUGUAGGUUUCGAUGUUACAAACUGGAGGAUUUACCCCAAUGGUUCAGUGAUUAGAGCCAAAGUUGGGAAACUGAACCCUCAGGCUCCUUUCGGCAAAGAGUUAACUAUUCAUGAUGAUCAGAUUGAGUGGCAUAAAAGCUUUAAUCAGAUGCUGCCAGUUUCUGUGUGCAAUGACAACUGCUAUCCUGGCUACAGCAGGAAAAAGAAGGAGGGAGAGAAAUUCUGCUGCUAUGAUUGUGUUCCAUGUCCAGAAGGGACAAUCUCGAACCGGAAGGAUAUGGAUACCUGUGUCAAGUGCGCAGAAGAAAACUACCCAAACCAGGACAAAACAGGGUGUAUUCCAAGGGGUCUGAGCUACCUCUCCUACCAAGAAAAGUUAGGGCUCAGCUUAGCUGUCUCCGCUCUGGCUUUCUCUCUGAUCACCACCUUUGUGCUGGCGACUUUUGUGAAGCACAAGGACACUCCCAUCGUCAAAGCCAACAACCGCAGCCUCACCUACCUCCUCCUCCUCUCCCUCCUUCUCUGCUUCCUCUGCUCCUUGCUCUUCAUUGGUCAGCCUGGAAAAGGGACCUGCCUCUUCCGACAAAUGACUUUCAGCAUCGUCUUCUCUGUGGCCCUUUCCAGCAUUCUGGCCAAAACCAUCACCGUGGUUCUAGCAUUCAUGGCAACCAAGCCAGGAUCCAGAAUGAGGAGAUGGGUGGGGAAGGGGCUGGCCAAUUGUGUGGUCUUUUCCUGCUCUUUCGUUCAAGCUGGCAUUUGUACCCUUUGGCUAAGUGCUUCCCCUCCAUUCCCAGAUACAGACAUGCAGUCACUGAAGACUGAAAUCAUCCUUGAAUGCAACGAGGGUUCAGCUACCAUGUUUUAUUGUGCUUUGGGUUAUAUGGGUUUUCUGGCCGUGGUGAGUUUCCUUGUGGCUUUCCUAGCCAGAAAGUUACCUGACAGUUUUAAUGAGGCCAAAUUUAUCACAUUUAGCAUGUUGGUUUUCUGCAGUGUUUGGCUGACCUUUGUUCCAACCUACCUGAGCACCAAAGGGAAAUACAUGGUAGCCGUGGAGGUCUUCUCCAUCUUGUCCUCCAGUGCUGGGUUACUGGGUUGCAUCUUUUCCCCUAAAUGCUACAUCAUUGUGCUGAAGUCCGACCUGAACAACAAGGAAAGCCUAAUAAGGGGGAGAAAAUAG